AUGGAUGCGGGAGCCGCCAAGUAUUUGGAGGACAAUGUGGGUGGCGUCUUAGCCAAAGCGCUGGCCGAGAUGGCGAAGGUGCAACCGAAGGUGGGCUUCAUCACAGAGGUGGCCCAAUCAACUGCAGAGGAGGAGCUUUUGGAGCACACCCCGUCCACUUCUUCGCGGCCCCGCGCCGUCUCGCUUCCCACGGUGAACGUGUACAACGUGGAGUUUGCGGAGCUGCCCAACGAAUGCUAUGGGGGAGGCCUAGCGUCGCCAGCGCCACUGCCGGCAUCCAUUCCAAUGGACAAAAUCAUGAGCAACAUAGCUCAAAACUUGGACUUCAAGGGAUGGUCAGAGCAGGCGCGCAAUUUGUGGUUCAAGGACUUCAAGUCCCAAUGUUCCAGAGCAGUGAUCCAGGACACCUUCUGGUUCUGUAUUUGUUGGUACUUCAAACCUGGCAAGCAUCUGGAGGUCGAAACUCGCUUGUUCGACCGAAUCUCUGCGAACUUUGUGGGUCUCUUUAGCUCCUUGAACCCCUUGCGGAAGGACUUCUUCUUCCGUUGCUAUGCUGAUGCCGUGGCGCAGGCAGUGCUGUACGCCAUGUUUCUGGCUUAUCCCAAGUCCCGCAUCGACUUCACCGAGAAGUUCCGGAAGGAUCUGGUGAUCCGAAUCUCCUUUUGGACCUCUGGAAUUUGUCCAGAGUUCGUAGACACGUCCCACUGGAAGUUGAACCUGGGAGGUGGCGAUGUGCUACAGGCCGCGCCUUCGCAGACCCAACGCAAUGUGGAGACAAAUGCCGUGACGUUGCGUGGGAACGCUUCCCAACCUUUGCUUGGUCAGCUGAGUGCUGAUUCCCUGGCUGAGAAGUCUGCAUGGAUGGGCCAAUGGAACCGGCGGCCGCGGCGCAAGUUGCAGUACUCCCCACUGGUGGAAAACUUCCUCCGUGCGCGGAAAUAUUCCUCAGUGAACUUGGUGCGUGCCACCAGCAUGCACAUGACCACUGCGGAGCAACGCGCCAAGAAGAUGGAUGUCAAGCAUGCCAUGUUGGCAGAGCGUGCCAAGCAAGCACGAGACCGGUGCGAAGCCCUUGCGAAAGAGUAUGAUGACCUUGACAAAGAAGUGAAGAAGCAAGAGCGGCAGAGGACCAUCCAGGCACAAGCUGCCAAGAAACGCUUGGAGAUCCGGCGAAAGGAGGUCCUGCGUUCAGAUCCGCACGAGUAUGCGAACUACUUGGACGGAGUUGACUUCUUGUCCAAAUGGCUGGCACAGUAUGCGGAGCAGGAAGAGGCCAAGGCUGUCAAAGAACAAGUUGAGCAAGACUUGGCCAAGAUGCGAGCUCAGACGAGGGAGAAGCGCGAGGAAAAGGAGGCAGCAAGGCAGAAGAAGCUGGCUGAGACUCAAAAAUUGGAGACGAUGUACAGCAGCCUUUUGGAGAAGUUCAAUGACGAAGAGACCGUCUUUGAGGACAAGUUCUGGCAAGAGCUUGUGGAUGUGGCGCAAGCCACCGCUGGCGCAUCGGCGGUGUACAUUGGUGUCAUGGAGCCAGGGGAAGAGGGCAGCGAGAUCUCUGGGCCUCACCUGAGUUAUGAGUACGCCACCAAGGGCUCGGAGUGGCUGACUGAAAAGGUUUUGCCCGAGGGAAAAGGUGUCACGUGGGGGGCAUUGACGGAGAAUCCAGCAGAAGAGAAUUUCCAGGAGAUGUGUUUGUGGAAACCUCCCAGCGUCGAGCCGGUGGUGGAAGUGGAAGAGGGUGCCAGCAGCCGGUGGUUGGAGGAUGCAGAGGAUGUCUCAGAUAGCCAGCAGGGCCAGCACCCCAAAAAAUGGACAUCAACCUCAAGGAUUGAUGUGGCUCAUGGGGCCUCAGACAUCUCCACCGUCGGCCACUUUUGGCUCACAGUUGCAGGCAUGGGUGAGGCGGCCUGCCGAAAGCAGCAGGAAGAUGUGGUGACAUGA